UGAUGGAGUCUACAUUGGCUGAUACUCGUAUUCUUAUUAAAAAAAUUGCAGGAUGGUGUGGCAUUAUACAAGGUACAGCAUGGGAAAUCAUGUCAAUCAUCAGCAUAAUUCUCUAUGUGAAAGGACCGUCCAAUUUUGAGCCUAUACCUGAGUCAUAUAUGGAGUAUAUAAAUAGGGUUAUAACAAACAUGUUUUUGAACUAUAGUGGUGAAGCUUUUCCGAAUCAAAUUCUCACCGGCAGUGUUUUCCAUGGAUUUAUGUGGACUCAUCUUUUUACUAAUAUAAUUUGGAUAAUAUUUUCCGCACUUCUUUUACGAAAAAAACAAACAAACGAAUCAAAAGUCUUCAUUCAGUGGAGUUAUGCCACUUUUCUUGUUUGUUUUUUGGAUUUCAUUACUGUUGUUAUCUUGGGUGCAGACUAUGGGAAGUGUUACAGGAAGGCUAAGGAAAUGGGCUACAUGGCUUUAUCAUAUGAAGGAAUUUGCGUCAAUGGCAUAAUUACGGUGCUCGUGAUAGCUGCAAGAGGUUUCGUACUCUGGGGAAUUAAUCUCGUGUUGGCCUUUGCUAUGUACAGAAUAGGACGACAUUUGAAAAGUUGAUAUUUGAACAUCUCAUAUUUUUUUUUAUUAAGUAAAUUUAAUUUAUAAAUAAAUAAAAAUAGAAAAUGUG